CGCGAAGGGGCCGCCGGAGCUGGGAAGGCGGAAGGGGAGCAGGCGAGGAGGCGCCCCUUCCUCGUUGAGGACUAGGAUCUCCUUUGACUCAUUCUCCCAGGAGCGGAAGGGAGGAGCGGCCAUGCCCUCGGAGGACCCUCCUCCACCCAGUCGCCCCUCCAGACUGGCGCAAGAGAAGCCCUCCAAGCCAGGCAGCCCCAGUUCCGAAGGCCACAGGGCGAAGCUGGACAAGAUGGUGCAAGGCGGCGACGCCGGCAGGAAGCCCUGCCGCCCGGCAAGCGAAGGGGAGAAGGACUCUGGAUUCUCAGACGGGAGCUCGGAGUGCCUGAGCGCCGUGGAGCAGACCGACGCCGAGGAGCAGGCCGGCCGCUCGCCACGCCAGCCAGCCAAGUUGCCGCGGCCGCCACAGAAGGGGCCGGGGGGGCUCCCAGGCAGCGCCUUACCUGGCCUCGCCCCCAUUUACAUUGUCAAAAACGUUAUCCUCAAACAGCCCCUGGGAGCGCCAGCGGCCACCCCAGUCCUGGCCUGGAGCAGCCAGCACCCCCUCGACAGCGGGGAGGGCCCCCCGGCCCGCCUCCUCCUCAUCCAGCAGCCCGUGGGUCCCCUGAAGGGCCCACUGCCCGGCCAGAAGCCUCCCGCCAAGGACGCCUGCCCGCCCCGCCUUGGCGGCUACCCCCGGAUCGCACCGCACCCGGGCCACCCUCCACCAGCCCCGCAGGCCGGCGCAGCAGGACCGGCUCCCGCAGCGGCCGCCAGCAAGGGCAAGCGCUUCUGCCUGGACGAGGCCUGGUCCCUGGCCUCCAAUGCAACCGCCCCAGCCGGCGGCGGGGACAAGUCGCGGAAGGAGGCGCCCCCCGCCUGGGGCAGCCCGCCGGUCGCCGCCCCCCCGAGCCUGGAAGCCCUCGCCCAGGACGCGGCAGCCUCCUCUGAGGGGUGGGACCUGGCGGAAGGCCGGACGCUCUCCCGCGCCUCCAAGCGGCUGGGCUGCGGCAGCCUGGGCCGGCAGCGCCGCUUCCAGAACACCGUGGAGGUCCUGCGCCGGUCGGGGCUGCUGGGCAUCACGCUGCGGACCAAGCAGCUGCUCCGGCAGAACGGCAGCACCCAGCGCGAGCUGGCCGAGCUGCGGGAGCACGCCCAGCUCCUCUGCGAGGCCGUGCGCAGCAACGACGGCCGGGCCUGGGCCCGCCUGCAGCAGGCUGUGGACCGCUCCGCCGCCUACUGGGCCGCCAGGGGGGCCGGCUUGGACACGCAGCCCCCCGGGCAGCAGAGCCCCCCUGCGGCCAAGCCUCCGGACCCCCGCCCGGGUGCUGGCCGGGCCUCCUCGCCUCGCUCGCCCAGGAGCGCGCCCCUCCUGCCAGAGGCGCCUGUGCCCGCUGGGCUGCUGUAG